UCCAGCAGCCACACAUCUGUGACCUUCAUCUCGUGCUCCGAACCUUCUCUCCUCCUCUUCCUCCUCCUCCCCCUGGCCCUCCCGUCCUCCUCCCUCGCCCGAGGACAGCGGGACUCCCUCCGAUGCCGCUCGGCAGGCUCAGCGCUCGCAGCCAGCCUUGCCGGGGGCUCUCCUGAUCUCCGUGGAGCUCCGCAGCGCUCGCCCCGGUGGUUUUGCUCCCCCCCAUCCCUCCUCUCCACCCACCCCUUCCCCCUUUUCGCCUUGUCGGGUGUGCUUUUUGCCUGUUGGAAAAGUCCCCGCUGCCCAGGAUGGGGGUCGGUGGGUGCUUAGCCCUGCCCUGGAGGUGCCUGGUCGUCCUCUGUCUCAGGCUGCUCUUCCUUGUGCCCGCAGGAGUGCCCGUGCGCAGCGGAGAUGCCACCUUCCCCAAAGCCAUGGACAACGUGACAGUGCGGCAAGGGGAGAGCGCCACGCUCAGGUGUACUGUGGAUGACCGGGUCACGCGGGUGGCGUGGUUGAACCGCAGCACCAUCCUGUAUGCCGGCAAUGACAAGUGGUCUAUAGACAACCGCGUGGUCAUCCUGUCCAACACCAAGACCCAGUACAGCAUCAAGAUCCACAACGUGGACGUGUACGAUGAGGGCCCCUACACCUGCUCCGUGCAGACAGACAAUCACCCCAAGACCUCGCGCGUCCACCUCAUCGUGCAAGUGCCCCCCCAGAUAGUCAACAUCUCGUCGGACAUCACCGUGAACGAGGGCAGCAGUGUGACCCUCAUGUGCCUGGCCUUCGGGAGACCGGAGCCCACCGUCACGUGGCGGCACCUCUCCGGGAAAGGGCAGGGCUUUGUGAGUGAGGACGAGUACCUGGAGAUCACGGGCAUCACGCGGGAGCAGUCCGGGGAGUACGAGUGCAGCGCCGUCAACGACGUGGCCGUCCCGGACGUGCGGAAAGUCAAAGUCACCGUCAACUACCCACCAUACAUCUCCAACGCCAAGAACACGGGCGCCUCGGUGGGCCAGAAGGGCAUCCUGCAGUGCGAGGCCUCGGCCGUCCCCGUGGCGGAGUUCCAGUGGUUCAAGGAGGACACCAGGUUAGCGAACGGGCUGGACGGCGUGCGGAUCGAGAGCAAGGGCCGCCUGUCCACGCUGACCUUCUUCAACGUCUCGGAGAAGGACUACGGCAACUACACGUGCGUGGCCACGAACAAGCUGGGCAACACCAACGCCAGCAUCAUCCUGUAUGGGCCCGGAGCGGUGCACGACGGCGGCAACGCGGCGUCCCGGCUGGCCGCCGGCCUCUGCCUCUGGGCCACCCUCCUCGCUCGCCUCCUCCUCCUCGACUUUUGAUAAGGGAGCGGAGGGUCCCGGGAGGCCCCGCGCGCCUCUCCCCCGCCGCGGGCCCUGCCCGCCGCGCCGCCCGGGGACUCCUCUCCGCGGGACGGGCGAUGCGCCGGAGGACGGGCGGCGGUGCCGAGCGUCCGAGGAUGGCCCCGUCUCCCACGUGCCGGGAUCGUUCUCGCCGCCAGUUAACGCUGUACAGACCCCACCACGUGCCACCAGACUGUCACCCGCCACCGCCGCCCCGGGGACGUGGCCCGGCACGGACGGUGCUCCUCGUCUCCAGCGCGGGGGGCGCGGAGCCGCCGGGGCGGGUGCCGCCCAGAGCCUUCACCGGGGAUGUCCGUCUCGUCGUCUCACUCAGCCGCCUACGCCCAAAAAGACCCCAAGGUUGAAGCCCCCCUGGCUCUGCCUUCAGCCCUCUUGGUCCUGAAUGUCAGUUCUUGUCGCCAAAGCUCCUCCCUAAGCACCCCCGAUGUCACUGGCCUCCCCUCAUCUGCCUCUGCUCCUGACAGGACGCUCGCUGGCCCUUUUGGAGAGGGUCAGGUGACACAACCAGUUGUCCUUCAAGGGUCAGGCACUUCCCACUACUCUUUCUCCCAGCUAACAUCGUACCUGUCUGCUUCCCAGUAAACCCCGUCGCCUUCCCGAGGGCACAAGGCUGCUCUCCCAGGAAUGUGAGCCCUGGGGAUGACGCCAGCCCCUCAUGGGGACUAAGAACCUUCUUGCUGCAUCAGACAGCCAGGCCAUCGCCCUUUCUUGCUCCAGACCCCUGCCCGCUCUGCUGCUGCCCCCCUGAUGGCAGGGGCUGCCCUGUGGCUCUUGCCCUGGUGUGCUGCUAGCACUUUUUGAGGGGGUUCCUCUGGGCUUUUUUCCCAAGCACUUUCCAACCUGCACAUUAAAAGCACAGCACCACCAAUGCGGGGCAGAGGCUCCGAAUGACACAGCGAAACACCAGCUGACAAGGCCCUUUUGCUCUGACGCUUGUGAUCGUCUGCAUCUCUGCCUCUCCGAGGGCCCUGAGCUGCAAUGUCCUCAUGCUGCCUUCUCUCGUGCCCAUCACGUGCCCCUGCCUGAGGAAAGUCUGAUGUGUUCGACCCUGUGGAGGCAGCUCAACCUCCGUUGAUUUACUACUCUGGUGCAGCAGGGACAAGAACGGUUCUGAUCCUCCCUGCUGUGACAUGCCCGUGACACCAAAAUGGAUGCACCCAGACUCUGCCCUCUGCUUCUUCCAGCCACUCUGGGAGCUGCUGGUGAUGGUGGCCAUGUCACCUCCCUGCAUAUGGAAUUGUGCUCCUGAUGGCACCGUGCACCACAGACCCCCUCGCCUGGUACACUGUGGCAGCCCUGAGCCUUCCUGAAGCUCCCUGGCCACCCAGGAAUGCUUUGGGGCCGCAGUCUGAGGAUGAGCACUCCUAUCCUUCUCCUGAAAAGUCACGUGUCGCACCAGACCCUAUUCCUCUGGCAGGGAGACCUGAUUACAGCGAGGCACUGAGCAAGCACAUGGAGCAUCCCCUGUCCUGACCCACCACAUCCCUGUGCCUUGUCCCUCCCUUCUCCCUCCUUAAGUGAGAUGACUUAAGGGCAAUGGCCACGCACACGCUGUCUUCCCUGCGCAAACUCCACUGCUGCCCAAUCCUCCUGCUUUGUGUGGCUGUGAGGAAGCUGGGGUGACAGUCCUUAGCACACAAGAUGGAAAGAACCAGCCCAAGCCAGAGGUCAUGAUGGGCCACCACCCCGUCCUCUCUACGGCUGUGCCCCUCCUCAUCCCUGCUCUCAACGGGCUGCCCCGGGACCUGCUACAAAAUCUCAAUGGAUGCUCCCACCCCCCAUCCUGGAUGUUCAACAUGUACCAUGGCUGAUGGGCAAACCCCCCUGGCCCGAGGCUGCCCUGGUGCUGGCGGGACAUGCUGGGUUACCUGGUGGACGGGGAUCCGGCACUGACUGGGUGAGUCCGCGUCCUGCGGUCCCUGCGGUGCUCUGCAUCUCCACUGGCAUCCCGGGAAGGUGGCACUGGCAGUGAUCUGGGUCCUCUCCCACGGCCCCGGGCACGUUUACUGAGCGGGGAUGGCACCGUCUUCGGCCAGCGACACGCACAUCCUUCCCCACGGGCCCGCUCCAGAAGUACCCGUGGGUGCAGGAGACACCUUGCCCCGAUGCCUUCACUGGUCCGCACUGCCCCACAACAGCCCCCCGCCGCCUCCCCCUGCCCCUUCCGGGGUCAGCCCCAAGUUUCUCCAUCCCUGCAGCAGAAAUGCUGCAGAACCCCAGGGCCAGAGGCCACGGCGUACCAGAGAGUGGCGGCGACGACGGGACGCCACGACGCACACCGAGGUUGGCGGACCUGGCACCAGGGCUGCCCCCCAUCCCAUCCUUCUCCUCCCCGGGUCAGGUGGGCUCAGCUCCCCUGUCCUCUGCUGGGACGGCGUUCGACUUUCUCGUGCCAUGUAACGUGCCAUUGUGAGGAACGUGUUGGCUGUCUGAGGCCGACCCCGCUGGGUGUCAGACCCCUUUAUGACCACUGCUCUCCAUGUUUGGAUGCCCGGGGGGUGGCCGGGUGCCCAGGGCAGGGGCAGUGUGGCUCCUGGGUCUCUCCUGCUGAUGGCCACGACGGCCAGUCUUGAGUUUCUGUCGAUCAUUGUAUUCCAAGGGUGGCUAUACUACCUGAGAUUUGUGCAUGUUACAUUGUAGUUGUAACCUUUUCUAAUUCGGCAAGAAUAAGAGAUGGUUGUGAUUGUGCAGUGUAUCAAUAAAGUUUGACGAACUUUGUACCUUCGGGGCUUUGCUUCACGGACCCCGCACACCCCAGGGAGGGUCGUGGUGCUUGGCACCCGGUGCGCUGAGCCAGGAGGGCUCCCAAGUGGAUCCUGUAGUCUCACCCAACACUUGGUUGGACCCUCUUUUGAUCAUCCUCUGUGAUGGUGACACUUGGAGCCCCACAGCUGGGGGCCCGCUGCUGUUUGGGCCAUCCCUCACCCCAUCCAUGCAUCUGCCCUGGGAAUCCACGAGUGGGUCCCAGGUCCCACCCACCUCCAUCCUCCAUCUGCCAAUGAGCACAUACCUGCUGACAGAGCAGGGUCAGGACUGUCUUUGCUCUCAUCACUCACCUAUGUUCAGCAGAAGCAGAGUGAUCAGGGGCCUCUUUUCCAUGCCUGAGCCAUUCCCAGCAUCUUUUCCAUCAUCUUGUAUCAACGCUUGCUGACAGCUAAACCCCCCCAUCCGUGAAGGGACACCUUUGUGGAUGAUGCACUCGCAAGGGUGGUUUGUUCCUAUCGUGAUCUGACAGUGCGUGACACAGACCAGAUGCCUUCAUCAAAGGACAAAGAUGGCAAGGACCAGGACCAGAAGGAGCUGUGACCCUCAGCAUCUUCCUGACAUGGCUGUAGUCUCAUCCUAAUACCACAGGGUUGGGGAGGCAGGCUGUGCUCCCUGCACCCAGGAGAUUCUGUUCCACCCCAUCAGCUUUCCCCACCUUUCCACCACAUCAGCUGUGAAAAAACAUUCAACCAGCUCCUCUAAUAUGAGACCUGCUGCCAGGACACUGGAGGCUGUGGGACUGUGCCAGACCUAUCAGGGCCUCACUUGCUUUGAGACCUCCCUUCACCUGCCUCGACAUGAGAAUGAAAAGCCCAGUCCUGAAGGUUUAUCCCUGAACCCCACAAGAAGCUGCCCUGCUGAGCAAACAGCUCCAUCCCAGCACCAUGAGUACUGCAGCCUCACACAUCAGGGACACCUCUGCUGUCCCCCUCAAGUGACCCCUCCAGAAAGGUAAGUGCUUCCCAAAACCCAAUGGCCUCCCCAAGAAAGGGAUGUGGGAGGAGCAAAUGACCCUGCCUGCUUUCCUCAGUGUUACCUGCAGUGAGUCAAGCAUGGGUGACCACUGUGGGAAACACUGUGCUUUGAGCCUCUUCCAAAAAAACCAACCAUUCAGGGAGCCAAGGCUGAUGCAAUAUAAAUACUGCUGCCACAAAGCAACACCGGCCUCUGGCAUGUGGCAACUGGGGAUCCCACCACAAUUUGGGCCUCCCUGAUGCUUCCCAUCUUAAAAUGCUGGUUCUGCUUGGUACCUGGUGCUGGACCUGCCUCCACUGGAGAGAAACACCUACAGAUGGCCAAACGCUCUGGCUCAUGGCACAUCCUAGUGCCUUGUCUGCACUGUCCCCGUCACAGAGCACCAGGAAGGAAAUGCAGCCCCUUUCCACUGCGAGCUCGACCAUGGAUACCCCCCAUCUCCCUUUCCAGGGCUGAGAGGGAUGUUUCUCCAUGGCCCUCAGCAAUGUCCAACCUGUACCUAAGGACAAGACCUCAGCUGCUACAUCCAGAGGGAUGGAGAGCAUAUUUCAGGCCAUAAAUUCCAUCCCCACCACCAAGACAUCCUUACCUAUGUCAAUAAAUUAAUAUAUAAACACAUCCUUCGAGCCGCCUCUCUCUAACAUCCUCUGUCUGCUACUCUGGCACUGGACACUCCUUGAUCUCUCACCUAGAACACCAGAAAAGUUACAAUUACAGAGAGGAGGUGAAGGAGAGAGACCCAUUACCUCCAUACUGGAUCCCUCCCCACAUCCCCCAAGCAUUGGGGCACUGCCUCUUCUGCCAGGUUUGCUCUGCUGUGGCCGGCUGGCCCGGCCUGGGAGAUCCAAGACCUGAACAAAGACCAACACCACCUUCUCUGCCUGUGCCCAGCUGUCCAGUCCCCACACCCUCAGUACCCCAUCGUUUACUUGGCAUGUGCCACAAAGCCUGAAUGUGGUUCUUCCCUUACCCCACACCGGUAUCGCUCGGACACUGCACGUCACGCCUCGAGGCAACUCCUUCCCCUCCCUUUUGCUCUCUCCCUCUUCUCCCUGCUCAUCUCCUGGGUGGCACAAACUUAUCGUAGGGUCAAGAAAUAAAAAACCCACACAAAACUGUCCUGCCAUCACUAACAAACAACUUCUGAUCCUACAAAUGUGCUGGAUGGUUUGAAGCAGCCAGCACCCCGAGGCUGAGGACCAAACGCACUAAGCAACCUGCAAAUUACCAAAACACCAAGACACUGAACAAGACAAGCCCCUGGAGACAGCAAGUUUCACCUACACCCAAACUGCGUCCUGCCAUGCUUCACCUGUACAGCAUUUCAUGGGUGACCUGGUUUCCUACACCCACCUCACAUGGCUGUCUCUCCUUCCCACGCGGGAUUCGCUUCGGCUGCUCCACGAGCAUCCCCUGCAACGCUGUGCUGCUGGGGCAGAGAGCCAAACAAUGAGCUUUUGGGACACUGAGCAGGGUCCUGACCGGGGGAAUAGGGCACAGUUGUGCCUCACACCUUCUCCAUCUACUCACCAAAGCCUUACCUGUGACAGCACUCUCUCUGGGCUCACCGGUGAGGUCCAGGUGCCACCUUUCCAACGCUCUCCCAGCCCACUGCGAUGUCUCAGUGCCCCCAUCUGUCCUCCCCCCCCCCCCAGCAUCCCUUCCCACGCCCCUCCCCGUUCCCGGUGGCGCGAGGGGAGGACGCGGGGUGGCCCUGGGCCCCCGCGGCAAUGAGCACCACAACCAGACGGAGCGGCCACAUGGAACAAUCGUUUUAAUGGAUAGGCAGAGAGAGCCCCCUCGCCGCCCGCCUGCCCCCCGCGUGCCCCCCGCCGCCGGCCGCAGGGAAGGAAAGGAAAUGGAAGGAGGAAAACCGACCGCAGGAGAGACCCCCCCACCGACACGGACGGCGAGUCGACCAGUCCCACGUCUCGGCAGAGGGCUCGGCCAGGAGACGGUUGCUUCACCUUCUUUUCCUUACUAGUGUUAUUUUUUAUAUAUAUAUAUAUAUAUAUAUACACACACACGCACGCGCACACACACACAUAUACAUACACAUAUAUAUAUAUAUAUAUAUAUAAAAAUAUAAAACUGAGCUAUAUAGAUCUCCCUCUGUCCCUCGGUUCGCUCCAUUCCGCCGCCAAGGGGCCGGGGCCACGCGGCCAAAAGCGACGGAGAGGGGGCCCCGGUCCCCCCACCACCCUUUGUCCCCGAGGGCGGAAAGACGAGGGAGGGGGUUUGUUUGGGGACACGUGGACCGAGACGCUCGCCUCGUCUCGUUGAGGACCGAUACACACCUAACUCCAUAUACAGCAUGCAGUAAUGGCAGCGGAAGGACCCUGCUGGGAACCGUGGCUAGAACUCUAACAAAAAAAAAAAAA